AUGGAGCAGAGAGAGAAAAGGAAACAUCUGGAGCGUGAGUACAGUCCUCCAGCUGUAAAGAAAUCAAGAGAUUUACAGAAGAGGGAGUCACCACCUGGGAGCGUUUUGGAUGACAAGAUCCUGGUCCAAGAGGAAGAAGAUCCAUCUGGCAAGUUGCAGUGCUACACCCGUGACUCCAGUGUGUGCACGCCUUAUGAUGUUGACUUCCAGCUGCUUCCACAAGAUGUGCCUGAGCCAUGUGAGGUCGUGGAGAUUGAAACCCGCAGCCAGGCACCAGGAGUCAGUGAUUCCAGCUCCAAAUCAGUCUCCUCUUCAAGCACAUCCAGAAAUUCUGAUGAAGAAGAAAUGCAUCAAAGCCAGAAGGAAGAUCUCGGUGUUAGACCCUCUGACAAGCCUUUACCCCAGGAUGUGGGACAGAAGAGCUCCACUACCUGGAAUGAUAUGUGCUUUCAUGUGCACUUAGCCAAUGAGCCCUGCUCAGAUGCAUUACAUAUGAGAAAGGAGCGGGCCAUGAAAAUCUAUUACAUGUAUGUCAAAAGGCAGAGAGAGGCCAACACUGUAUAUAACACACAGGAAGGCUUGUUGCCUCCCAAGAAGAGGGCAAGAGUGCAAGAACUGAGCUGCAUUGGCAAAGUCCCUUCGGAGGCCAGCUCUUCUUCUGUGCUUACAGAAGAUAUGAUCAUCGACAAUGAGGCCAGUUGUGACACCACAGAUGAAGAUGAUUUCAAGGCUGAGGGCCCAGCAGAGCUUCUAGCCCUGGAGGAGAAGCCCAGAAUAAAGACCCCUGAGUGGCUCUUGUGGCCAGAGCAUGGCUUUCAAUGCAUGGCCUGCUGCCGAGUGUUCCCCAGCCUGGACAUCAUGGAGGAACAUGUAAAGAAUGGAAUCAAGGAGGGCUUCAGUUGCCGCAUUUUUCAUCUGGCCUUUGCCUGGAUGAAAUCAAAAAAAGAAUAA